AAGAAAGGGCGCCUGCACUCAAUUUGAAAAGAACGAACUGCAUCAGGUAGCAACACUGAUCCGGAGUCGGUACCCUUAACUGAUCGGUCAUGAGUUUUGCUCCAAGUCCGUUCACCCCCAUGGGCAGCCGCAGCAUUCAGGAGCAGCGGAACCGCUGGGAGAGGAAGAGGAUUCGCACAGCCCGCGAGCUAGUCCAGACCGAACAAAGAUACUGUGAACAGCUGGAUCUGGUCAUCAUGUACUUUGUGGAGAUCUUGAAGGCCAAAGGAACCCUCAGGCAGGACAUUAGUGAAAGCAUCUUCAGUUCAAUUAAAUCCAUUCAUUUAAUAAACCAGACACUACUUGCCCAUCUAGAAGAGGAGAGGUUUGGUGUCGGGUUUGAGGAGUUCUGCACUCACCUCCAGAUGUACAAUACUUAUGUUGACAACAUGCUGACGGCUAAAAAAGUUCUUAUGGUUCAAGUAAAGAAGAACAAAGCCUUCAGACGGUUUAAGAAGCUCCAGGAGUCAAGGCCUGAGUUCCAUCAGCAGAAACUCGAGGACCUGCUUCCACUCCCCCUUCUGCGCAUCCAGCAGUACAAUCAUCUCUUGAGGGACUUGACAGGGAACACCAGUCCAGACAACCCGGAGUUUCAGCAGCUUUCAAAAGCAGUGAAGGCCAUCUCAGAGGUCACCCAGCGGAUCCAGGACAACGCUCGAAGCCAUGAGAACUACCUGCAACUGCGCAGAGUCCAGAAACAGCUGAAGGGCCGAAAGACCAGAAUCCUGGCUCCAGGAAGGUGGUAUAUUCGGGAAGGUUGGCUGAAGACGGUGCCCCCUAAAGGCACAGAGGCCAAGCCCAAGAUGUUCUUCUUAUUCUCGGACAUCCUGCUCCAGGCCAAGCCAUGCAGUCCCAUACACCCAGUCAAUGGGGACAAGUUUGCUAGCCAGCGAGUCUACCCGUUGAAAGAGUGCACAGUGGACAAAGUCUUUGGCCACACCAAGAGCCAGGGAGGACUUAUCAGUUUGACCUUCGCCAGGGCCAAACUGCUCCUGAUGUCUGAUGAUCAGGAGAAUAUCAAUGAUUGGUACCGUAGCCUCUGCAUGGCCAUAGGGCAGCUGAAGACAAAAAAUACAGCUGUGCACAGGAGAGAAGAUCUGCGCAGGAAGCCGAUCAGAUCAGAUCCAGAUAGUAAGAACAGUCCAGAACUCCAGCAAGCAUGUGGAAUUAAAAGGACCAUGAUGUUUGAUGAAGAGAUUAGGGAGAACAGUGAAGUUCACAGCAGCAGUUCCAUGCCUUCAGUGGGGGAGAACAGCCACAGCGCAACCAAGAGGUUAAAGCCUAACGAAGCUCCAUCUGCAAGACCACAGGAAUCAUCUGGAUCGAGCUGUUUGAUUUUGUGAGGACCUGGCCUGAAGACACAGGUGGAGAGGACGUCCCAAAUGUGAUUUGGGGUAGAAUGAAUGCAGUGCACAUUUACUCAUAGAAUUUGUAGAAUGCUUUUAUUCUCUAUGUACUUUUGCCCAAAUACCAAAGAAUAAGACACAAUGCAAGAUUUAUCAUAGUUGUUUUAAAGCACGUCACCUUUUUAAAGGUAAGAUAUUUGUCUAUGGUGUCUAAUUUGGGUGUAAUACUGUGUAUAAUGUGUCUGAUUUGAACUCAUUGCCUUAAGUUCAACUAAUUCAUAAUUAAAUACAAACACACAUGCACAUACAGAAAACACAAGAAAGACACACAAGCGAGUUGUACUAGAAUAUUUUUAAAGUCAACUACUUGGCCAGACUUAUAUUAUUGAUAGCGUGGAACAAAUACAUUUUAUGGUAAUAUAAUUUGUAUCAGGAUUUAAGGUUUUGGUGCAAUAUGACUUUCUGACUUGCAUAAGAAUUUUAACACUGGAUUUUAUACUAAAGGAAUUAUGAUGAUACUCUACAAUAUAUAAUGAAUGCUGAAGUGCUUACCACUCUUUUAUUAUAUGUAUUCUAUUUUUAAUUCUUGCUUGUGUUAUUCACCAUUUUCUGCCAGACCUAUUUAAUGUGUCGAAGGGGGUUUUAUUUUUACUGAAAUCUGUUACACUGGUCAAUAUUAUAUUGUUAUUGCAUUUGAAUUAAUAAAAGCCCAGUGAUUUGGUGUGAAGUUCUGCUAAAACCAUUUCUUUUGUAUGGCAACUUCAGUGUCGUGUCUGUCGAGGUGUUGACCACCUUAUCAUUUCCUUGAAGUUUAUAUAUUUUUAACUGAUAAUGCUUGUAAAAAAUAAAUAAAUAAAAAAGAUUUAAUGCAUUGAGCAGACUAACCUGAAAAUAAGUAGCCAUCACUGUUUUGUCUUUUAUGAGCUGUUGUUAGGUGAUUCAGAAGAGCAACAGGAGUUUUCACCAUAUACAUAUAUAUUAGCAUGUAGUGCAUUUUUACAU